UUCAUUUCUUUUAGUGGAUGAUAUGCCAUUAUUUUUUGGGUAGGAAUUGCACCUUUUUACCCUUUCAGUUUGCUCUUCCACACACAUCAGAUUUGGGACUUCCCCUUUUUAGCUUCACUUCUAUUCUAUUCUUUGCCUCAUUGAUAUAACUUGCAAACAUAAAACUUGUCAGUUUUUACCAAUUUUGAGAUAUGGUGAGAGGGAAAACACAGAUGAGGCGUAUAGAGAACGCCACAAGUAGACAAGUUACUUUCUCAAAGCGAAGAAAUGGUUUGCUCAAAAAAGCUUUUGAGCUUUCUGUUCUAUGUGAUGCUGAAGUUGGAUUGAUUAUUUUUUCUCCAAGAGGAAAACUAUAUGAAUUUGCUAGCUCCAGCACGCAGGAGAUAAUAGAGCGAUAUAAGAGGCAUACUAAAGACAGAGUUCAACCUGAAAACCAAGCUGGGGGACAACAUCUACAGCAUAUGCAGCAUGAAGCAGCAAAUUUAAUGAAGAAGAUAGAGUUCCUUGAAACAUCGAAAAGGAAAUUCUUGGGAGAAGGUCUUCAGUCAUGUACCCUUCAAGAAGUACAACAGAUAGAAAAACAGUUGGAGAGGAGUGUCAGCACCAUCCGGGCACGAAAGCUUCAAGUUUUUAAGGAACAAGUUGAGCGACUAAAAGAUAAGGGGAAAAUCCUUGCUGCUGAAAAUGCAAAACUGAGGGAGAAGUUUGGUGGUCUUCAACAGAGAGAAACACCAAGUGUAGAGAAGGAAAGAGAAGCUCUUUGUACAGAUGGUAGCGAAAAAUCAGAUGUUGAGACUGAAUUGUUUAUAGGACCACCGGAGUGCAGAGUAAGGCGUCUCUAAAAGAAUUGAUUAAUGGUGAAAUAUCUGCAGUUAAAAGGGGUAUAUAAUCAAUUGUACGUCAAGUAGUGCUAAUGCUAAAUAAAUAAUUGUGCAUUUGAGCAAGCAAACUAAUUAGGCUUAUGUCUCUUAGGCGCAGCUGAUUCAUUAACUUUUGAUCACUUCUGAGAUGGUUUGUACUAAGGAUCGAUGUGUAUU